AUGGAGAUCGAGCUUUCGAGCCAAGCUGCUUCAAGGACGCGAGUAGGGGAAUCCAGUGCAAGGUGGCUCGAAUCAUUUAAAGCUAUUAAGCUUGAGCACUAUUCGAAUAACCAACAGAAUAGUUUUGCCAUUACCGAAAUGACGAACCUUCGCCUUGACGAAAUGGUUGAGAAGAAGAAUCUUGAUCUGGCUUGCGCACUGCUCAAAGACAUUCCCGAUAUAAAACAAGCAAAAGAUUUUUUGAGCACCAAGGCGUUUCAUGAUUGGCGCUCUAAACUCAUGACCCUAUUUGAGCACAAACAUGAGCUUCACCAGCCGACCUUGGUUGACGGCCAGACAGUGGAUGACAAGUUUGCUCAACUAGUCUCGAAUAUCGAUGUCUUCAAUAAAAACAGAAAGAUGUUGGUUGAUAAGAAAAAAACGAUUGAAAGACUAGCCGACACGAUAAGAACUGUCAUGGAUCGAAAUGCCUCGAAAAGCAAAAUGGAUUUGAUUAAAGAAUUAGAUAAGGCUAUGAAGUUAAGAUUGGCUGACGAGAUGCUGUUAGAAAUCGACCCCGGCUUGAUUGAGAAGAUAAUCUCGGGCUUUGAAAGAACAUUAGCUGAGUCCACUACGAACCAGGAAUUGCUGGUUGAGUGGCUGGUUACGGCAAUGGAGGAUAUCGUGGCUCACACGCAAGUCUUGGUGAAGAAGCCAAGCACAAUGGAGAACAUUGUCAUGAUUUUCAAACGGUUGCUUGUUAAAAUCCAGAAAUUGAAGCCAUUGGUUGAUGUUCCGGUUCUGGAUGACAAACAAAUCGUGGCUACAAACAAGAACUCGAUCAAAGAGCUUGUCUUAGCCGUCAAGCAGAGUAUGACUGACAAGAAAGUCUUAGAUGACAAUCAAGUCAAGACUGACAAACUGGUCUUUGCAUCUAUGGGAACUCUUCUUCCAUUAUUAGACGGAAGAAGCAGGAUGCCUGACAUCAUAGCGUCUGCUGUUAAAUCCGAAAACAAGGAAUUACAAGUUCUAGGCUCCACGUACGAAGACAUUUACCUUGAUCAAUUGAUUGAGGUCAGUGAGGCCCAAAAAAUCUGGAAGGACAUGGGAUUGGUAUAUUAUAUCAACACUCUCGGUACGGAUAAAGAGGCAAAAUUCGCCAUCACAAAACUGUUGAUCAAGCUUAACGAUAAAGGCGGCGCUUCUCUUGUGGACGAUGUCGUGAAAACGAUGGAUGAUCUGAAUAGCUAUUUAUAUAAGUAUCUACAUCGGGCCGCUCUUUUCAUCACGGAAAGGAAAGCAAUCGAUGUGCUUAAGAAGCUGGUGUCUGAAAAGAAUAACAAUGUGAUGGAUCUCAUUGCCGAUAAUGACCGCUUUGCACUUACUUGCGGACAGUGA